AUUGAAUGUAUGUGAUCUUUGAUCGACGUGGAGUGUAUGGAUACGGUGACAUGUAGGAUAUAUACAUGUGUUAAUGAUAAUAGUUUUUACGUGGUAUCCAUGCAAUAUACUCGACCGUAUGAAAUACGCAGCGAAGCGGCCCUCUGAGAUUGAGAGUAUUAGGCUGUACUUUGUGUUCUGAGGAGGUAGAUGAGGGGUAAAUCUGAGCACGAUGCAGGGCGAUGACACCGUAUCGAAUUCCAAAGGCAACGUUGUCGUUUUGUUUUGGAAAAGAUUGCAACAGAGGUACCAAAAAUUUUUAGAUGAUGUUACACCUUACACAACAGCGAGGUGGAUAUUUGCAGUUCUUCUCAUACUGGGUUUUUUAACUCGAAUAUUUGUAUUACAGGGUUGGUACAUAAUUACAUAUGCACUGGGAAUCUACCACUUAAAUCUUUUUAUAGCAUUCCUUUCACCUAAGAUAGAUCCUGCUUUAGACUUUGAGGAUGAUGGUCCUGAACUUCCAACAAAGGCAAAUGAAGAAUUCAGGCCAUUUAUCCGUCGCCUUCCAGAGUUCAAAUUCUGGUAUUCGGUGGUAAAGUCCACUAUAUUGUCAGUCAUCUGUACAUUUUUUGACUGCUUCAACAUUCCUGUCUUCUGGCCAAUUCUUGUUAUGUAUUUCAUAACUCUGUUUUGUAUUACAAUGAAGAGGCAGAUAAAGCACAUGAUAAAGUACCGCUACAUCCCAUUUACUCAUGGUAAACCCAAGUAUCAAAGCCAUGAAGACGGUGGAAAGGCAGUUAGCUCUAAGUGACAAAUCGGAAACUGUCACUGGCAAGCCCGAAAUUGUAUUUAUUAUGACUUUGUGAAGUGCAAGUACUGCUGUUGGCUGAGAACUUCGAGGUGCUGCUACAGUUUUUAAAUGGGAUCAGAGAAGUCGUUACUAGUCACCAUUGUCAUUUUCCUAGUUGCCCCAUAUUUUAUUGUUUGUAAGUGAAGACAUAAGUAUUAUUUUGUUUCAAUUAAGUCAUCAGACCUCUAAUCCCACUGGAUAAUUUUACAGAGUUGUAUUUAAUUUCCUUGCUAUCAAGCAUAUUACAAAUGCUUAUGUCUGUAAGAAAGAAAUGAUACAAAUUUAUACUUAAUUAUUGUUGAAUUAUAUCAUUGGUGACCAUAUUUUGUUGUAUUUUUACUGUGUAGUUGUACCUUUUGAAAUUUGACUUUUGUACAUAUGUUUUACGUAUUGUUCCAUGAUGUCAGAUGUCACAAAUGUAAAGAUUCCAUAAAUCAUCA